CACUCUUUCCACUUCCUUAUCAGGCUUCUCUGACCCGGCAGGGCAGUUUGGGCAGGUAACCUGAGCCUUUGUCCCGCUGCAGAUCUGUGCAGAGAAGUUGCUGCACACCUGACGCAGGCGGCCGGAAUGUCAGGCGGUGGAAACUACCAAGAGUUCAAAACAGUGGAGAUGCAGCAGCAACAGGAUCUGGAAGGGAAGAGCAAGGGAAAUCCUGGUGCCGGAACCACGCAGGAACCGGAUGCAGGAUCCUUCCCUCCGUCUGCUCCCAAGACCAUGCUGUACCCACGCCCUCAUGCCGACCCCUACGAUUCAAGGAAAUACUUUGCCACAAGGCCUGGAGCCUUUGACCAAGCCAUGGAUGACCUCAGGGCCCAUGUGACAGCGAACAUGGGGGAAACAGCCCACAGCUUCUGGCUUCUGGCUGAGAUAGACCACUGGAACAACGAGAAGGAGCGUGUCGUGGUCAUCACAGACUCCGCCCUCCUGGUCUGCAAAUACGACUUCAUCAUGCUCAAGUGCUUGGAACUGCAGAGGGUUCCCCUGAGCUACAUCAACCGCAUCUGCCUGGGCCCUUUCACCUUUCCUGAGAAGUCCUUGGACAGGUGA